AUGGCAGACUUCUGCGCCUGUGAAUGCUCGGAUGCUAAUGGAGCUUGUAUGCGUAUAAAACCAAGCACGGCUGAAAGUGAGAGGCACCACAGAGUUUUGAUUCUAUCUAUCUAUCUAUCUAUCUAUCUAUCUAUCUAUCUAUCUAUCUAUCUACUCAGUCCGUUUCUUUCUGUCUAUCUCACUAUCUUUCUUUCUUUCUUUCUAUAUAUCUAUCUGUCUCAGUCGUUUUCUAUCUAUCUAUCUAUCUAUCUAUCUAUCUAUCUAUCUAUCUAUCUAUCUAUCUAUCUAUCACAGUGCGUUUCCUAUCUAUCUAUCUAUCUAUCUAUCUAUCUAUCUAUCUAUCUAUCUAUCUAUCUAUCUAAUCAGACCGUUUCUUUCUCUAUCUCAUCUCAAGCCGUUUCUAUCUAUCUAUCUAUCUAUCUAUCUAUCUAUCUAUCUAUCUACUCAGUCCGUUUCUUUCUGUCUAUCUCACUAUCUUUCUUUCUUUCUACAUAUCUAUUUGUCUCAGUCGGUUUCUAUCUAUCUAUCUAUCUAUCUCUAUCUAUCUAUCUAUCUAUCUAUCUAUCUAUCUAUCUAUCCCAUCUAUCUAUUUCCCUAUCUAUCUAUCUAUCUAUCUAUCUAUCUAUCUAUCUAUCUAUCUAUCAUCUAUCUAUCUAUUCAAUCAGACCGUUUCUUUCUCUAUCUCAGUAUCUUCCUUUCUUUCUUUCUAUGUAUAUAUGUCUCAAGCCGUUUCUAUCUAUCUAUCUAUCUAUCUAUCUAUCUAUCUAUCUACAAUAA